UGCUGGAACAAGCAAGGAUUGUCAGAGACCAUUAUGAAAGAGAUUUACGGUGAGGAUAAGAAUGAAGAAGAUGAGGUUGAUGGACAAGAUGAGGUUGAUGGACAGAUGCCAGCUGAAAUAAAAGGAAUGGAUAGUGAUGCUAUUGCAGUGUAUGCUAAAGCUUUGAAUCAAGGUUUUGAAGAGGUCCAAAGGAUUCGCCUGAUGGUUGUUGGCAUGUUUUCAGUUGGGAAAACCUCACUUGUAAAUAAUCUGGUUGAAGACCUUUCGAAUAAAAAGGAAGCACACGCUCCAUUUGAAGAUCAGUUUCCACCAAGUACAGAAGGAAUAGAUGUCCAUUUAUGUCUAGUUGAUAGGGAUAAUCAGUGGAGAAAACAGAAACUUGCGAACAAGUCUCGAAUUGUUGAUAGGAUUAAAAUGUCAAAUUUUGAUGAGCACUAUGAAGAACCACAUGUAAAUGGGGUAGGUGCGGGGCAUGGAUACCCUAUGGAUAAUGAUAAAGAAACAAUGGUUAACACAGUUGUUCAAGACGCAGAGGAACCGCCGGAACCGACUGCUGCCUAUACGUUAGAAGUAACAAAGCAAAGAGUUUUAGAAAGGAAAAAUGAACCAGAAAUAAGGGAAGUUCUUGAACAGUUGACAGAAAACAAGAUUGAAUCGAAUAAAGAUGAAAUAGAUGCCCCAAAAGGAGUAAUCACUGGUAAAGAACCUCUGGUAUCUGUUUGGGAUUUUGCUGGGCAAAACCUUUACUACUCGACCCACCACUUUUUCCUGAACAAGCGCUCAAUCUACUUGCUUUUGAUGAAUAUGACGAAAGACCUUAACACUAAUAUUGAAGAAAGUGACUCUUUUUGUGGACUGUUGAAUAAAAAUUUCACCUGCUUGGAAGCAUUCAAAUUUUGGCUUAACUCAAUUCACAUGUAUAGUUCUAUUCACGAUCAAGAACAUGAAGUACAGCCAACAGUCAUUUUGGUUGGAACACACAAAGAUAAAAUGAAAUGCAAAGAAGAAGAAAAGGAAGACAAAAUGAAUGAAUUUUUCGAGGAUGCUUUAAAAUCAUUUAUGAAAAAUAAGGAAAUUCUACAACAUAUACACGCAAAAAGGUUUCUUGUGAAUAACAUUGCAAAAGGAGAUCCAGUGUUUGCUGAACUCAGAGCUGAGGUGAAGAUGCUGGCUGAAAAGCAGCAUUACUGGAAUGAAAAAAGCCCGACAAGUUUUGUUCAGUUGGAGAAGUCUUUUGAUAACAUGCGUGCAAAAGGCAAGGAGCUGGUGUUUUUGUGUGAUAUACAAGAUGAAAACAUGAACAAUAUAAAGCCUGUUGAUGAACGACAAUUGCAUUUGUUUCUGGAAUUGCAGCACCUGUUUGGAAAUAUCCUACACUUUGAUACAGCAGAGCUCAAAAAGUAUGUAAUACUGGCUCCCCAGUGGAUUAUUGAAGCUUUCAAAUGUUUUAUAACCCAUAAACGGAAGAAGUAUCGGAAACCAGAACAGCUAGAGCUCUGGAACGAGUACAAAGAAUAUGCUAUCAUAAAGCCACAACUGAUGAAAGAAAUCAUAAAUCGUAGUAAAGACAGAAUCAGAAUUCAUGGUGAAGCUGUUGUAAAGUACAUGGAACAUUUGAACAUAAUGUCAAAACCUGUCUUUAUUGAAAACUUCGGGGAGGAGGAGGCAUUGUCAGAGAUGGCUGAUGAAUGUUUUGACCGCAGAACGAAUGUUGUUGGAAUACCAAGUUACAAUUCGAAGAUGCAUGAUUUUCAUAUUGUUCCAUGUCAGCUGAAGGUAAAACCAAAAGAAAAGAAAAUUGAAGAACUUACUUGUCCAAAGAAUUGGGAAACAACUCCAGCGCCGUGUUUUGUCUUCAAUGACAAUUUCAUGCCUCCAGCCGUUUUUCAUAGGCUGCUAGCUGCUUGUAUUCGCAGCUGGGAAAUUGCAAAGCAAAAGGACGACGGUAGAGAAGAGACGCUGCUGUUCAGUGGGAUAGGAGUUUUCAAAACUUGCAAACGAUCACAAUUGCGACUGUGGUAUAUUGACCACAUUAUUUAUGCCAGAAUGACAUUCAUGCGAAAACAGAAGCAAGAAACAGAAGAGGCGAUAGACAGAUGCAAAUGUCAGUAUGUUCGCAGACAAUUGCAUAGACAUCUUAUGGCAAUCCUUGGACUACUACCGAGAUCAAAAUAUAUCACAAAGACUACACCUUUCGAAGAAUACAUUCAGUGUCCAGAUUUGAACAAACACACUCAUGGGUUCCUGCAGUAG